AUGGUCCGCAAUCUCGUUCUGCUGGGGGGGAACUCCCACCCUCAGCUCACAGACAGCAUUGGCAACAUUCUCGGCAUCCCUACCUGCAGCCGAAUUCUUACCAAGUUUUCUGGUGGUGAGAGCCGCUGCGAGAUCAAGGACUCUGUACGCGGCAAGGAUGUGUACAUUGUCCAGUCCGGGUCCGGCAGCGUCAACGACAACCUCAUGGAGCUCUGCAUCAUGAUCUCAGCCUGCAAGACUGGCUCGGCUAAGCGCGUUACGGCCGUCGUGCCUCUCUUCCCUUACUCUCGACAGCCCGACUUCCCGUAUAACAAGUCGGGGGCUCCCCUGUCCAGGAACCACGACUCGUCCUCCCGCAAGGACUACACCUUUGAGAGCGUCCCCGCCACCCCACGUCCCGGCCGCGGUAACAACAAUCCUGGAAUCCUCAACGGGGUCAAUGGCCUUGCCGAGAAGCUCUCCAAGGCUGCCAUUGCCGAAAACGCUUCUGAGGAAGCAUCUGGAAGCAAUGGCGAUAGCAACAACAGGAGAUCCGAUACCAUUUCCAGCAUCGGCUCCACCACCAGCCGCUACAACAACGAGCCCUCCUUCACCACUCACGACUACGAGAAGCCGGCCCACGCCGCUGCCUUCCAGGCAAAGCCCGGCUACAAGCAGUGGGUCGCCUUGGCGGGAACUCUUGUCGCUGAUCUCCUCACCUGCGCCGGUGCCGAUCACAUCAUUACCAUGGACCUCCACGACCCCCAGUACCAGGGUUUCUUCGACAUCCCCGUCGACAACCUCUACGGCAAGCCCCUUAUCCAAAACUACAUCCGGCAGAAUAUCCCCGACUUCCGCGAUGCCGUUGUCGUCUCCCCCGAUGCUGGAGGUGCCAAGCGUGCUUCUCUCAUCCGAGACAGCCUCAACAUUGAUUUUGCGCUGAUCCACAAGGAGCGCCGCCCUAUCAAGUUCACUGAGCAGCGCAAUGCCAGCAUGAUGCUGGUUGGCGACGUGGCCAACCGUGUCUGCAUCCUCGUUGACGAUCUGGUUGACACGGGAAACACCAUCACACGUGCCGCCAAGCUUCUCAAGCGCGAGGGAGCCACCAAGGUCUACGCCCUCGUCACCCACGGUGUCUUCAGCAGCGACUCCAUCUCUCGUCUCAACGCCUCGGCCAUUGACAAGAUCAUUGUCACCAACUCUGUGCCCCAGGACGAGCACCGCCGCAUGUGCCCCAAGCUCGAGGUACUCGACAUCUCCCCCGUUUUUGCCGAGGCUAUUCGCCGUGUCCACCACGGAGAGUCUAUUAGCGUCCUCUUCCAGUACACCUAA